GCGCUGGGUCACGUGGUGACGGCGGCGGCGACGGCGGUUUGGCGGCGGCAGGGUCGGGUCGGGGCGGGACAGUCUGGUCUGGUCUGGUCUGGUCUUGGUCUUCCCGCAGCUUCACGGGCGACCGCACCACAGUGGGAGCGCCGUCUGCCUCGCCGCCUGCAGCAUGUGACGCCCUGACUCUAACCUCCGCCACGCAGAUCCACCCUCCGCGGCCUCCGUCAGGCCGGGCCGGGCCGGGCUCGGCUCUCAACACCGUCGGGCAGCGUCCAGGCACAUUAAAAUAGAAGCAUGUGGAGGUGGUAUUCUGGAAAUGAACCGCCCCUUGAGUCGGAGGGGGCACUAAGCUGCCCACAGAAUGCGGGUAAAUCAAUGACUGAUUUAACUGAGCAGCUGGCUCAGAAUGAACAACUGGUAUUGCAGCUCAAAGACCUAAUUCGGGAGAAAGAUACCCAGCUUCACAUGAGGGAUCAACAGCUUAAGGAGGACAAAGAUGCCUUUGAAGCAAAGAUUUCCAAAAUGAAGCUGCAGAGUAAGGCAAAGAUCACCUCACUUUCAACUCAGCUGGAAGACAUGAAGAACCAGCAUGGUGAUUCUGCUUCGAAGGAGCAGACAGCUGGGAAGCACAAGCAAUCCACUAAUGGUGACCAAAUGGCUAAUCGCGGUAAAAUCUUGAUGUUGAGGAAAAAGAUCGAGGAGUUGGAGUCGCAGGUUGACAACAAAGAUUCAGAGUUAAAAAAUAAGCACACUCAGCUAGAAGCCCAACUGGCACGUGGUGCUGAGAUGGACCUGAUGCUUGCUGAGAAGGAUAAGAAACUGGCUGAUCGAGAUGCGUACAUUGUUGAGCUACAGUUAGCGUCUGUUUCAGAUUACGCAACUCCGCAAGGAAUUCAGCCUGGUGAAGAAAUUAAGGAUAAGAUUGAAACGCAGGAAACUUCAAUCAGUGACUUGCAGUCAAUGGUUCGCAGUCUGACCAGAAAGGUUGAGGAGAGUGAAGAACGAUUCAGUAUUCUCCAGGAAGAAGCAACUGGUCUGAAAGACCAGCUAAACAAAGAGAAAAUUCAAUAUAAAGAGAAGGAAGCAAUGUACAUUAAAAAUAUUCAUGUGUUUCAAGAAAUCAUUCAAGCACAGGAGAAUAAGCUUGCUGAGCAGAUACAGAAGCAUGAACAGGAGCUUUUCCUUGUGGCUGCCAAAUCAGAUGCCAGUGCUGAUUUAGACCAAUUGUUGAAAGCACUCAAGCAAAAACUCCAUGAAAAGGAAGAAGUACUGUUGGGAAGGACACAAGUUGUGGAUGUGCUGCAGAAAGAGCUCGAUGGGAAGAAUCGGGAGCUAACGGAGGUGGUUGAAGAUUUUAGGGUGGUCCAGUUAGAAAACAAAAAUCUCAAGGACAAGCUUCUUGCUGAAAAGCACGUCAUGAGAACCCAGGUCCGAGAUCUGAUGGAAAGGCACGAGGCAGAUUUGAAAAAUGUCCAAAGGAAACACAGCACUGAGUUCCAUAAAAUCAAGGAGAAACUUCAGAAAGAUCAGCAACUUUUACAACCUCACGCCAAGGUCUGUGUACCACCUGCAGAACAGGAAACUGGUUCUUUAGAUUAUUGUACUGAACGGAAGAUUGGAGAACUGGAAGAACAAGUGAGGCUUAUAACGCAAGAGGCUGAAAAAUCAGAGGCCAGGUUCCUGACAAUGAAAGCUUGGUCCAAAUCGAAAAUCAGGCAGGUUGAGGAGGAGCUGAAAAAUGCACAGGUUGGACCUUCUCAGCAGGAGCUGCUGGACCUCAAAGACAUAGCGGCUGACUUGGAAGAGGAGAACAAACAAUUACACCUGAAAGUGAAUUAUCUACAACUUGUCGAGGCACAAAAUGAGAAGCUUCAAGCAAAAUUGGAACAAUAUGAAGAGCAACAACAGAAGAUGCAAGCAGAUUUAGAACAAGUUACCAAGACAUCAACUUCCCAGACAAGUGAAUCUGAAUCUGCAGAGGAACUGCACAGCCGCCUGAUUAAGUGGCCAGAAAUGGUUUCGAAGCCGACACCGAGCCAUGACAAUGAUGAGAGGACUGUCAUGGAAUUAAGGAUGACGCAACUUGAGGAAGAAAGAGAAGCUUUGGUCUCAGAACUGCAGGAGCUGGAGGAGGAACUGGGGGAUCUUCAGAGACGAGGACAGGAUCAAGGAUGGACAAAGCAGACCUCGGAUGGCCAAAAGCUUAGGGAUAUUAUUAUUUAUGAAAAUGAAGAGAAAGAGCACUUUGAAAAGUCCGGCAUUAACGUGGAUUACAAUGAUGCAACCGAUGGGGAGAAUUUGGGAGGACUGAGGGCAGUUGUCAACGAGUUGGAAGUGGAGAGGAACAGACUGCAAGAGCAAAUCCUGGUCUUGGAAGAACGCUGUCAAGAUCUGGAGGACAGAGCACAGCUCCAUGCCAGAGUAGAAUUCCACCAGGUGGCCUUUGGUGUCUGUGAAGAGGGGCUGCUUCUGAGGGUUCCCCAGAAUGAAGCUGAACAGUUACAAAAUCAGCUGUCCCGCUUGCGAAGCCAGCAAAGCCGUGAUUUUGACCAGCACCAGCAACUUGUUUCCGAUCUGAAGGAGCAGUUAAAUAGAGUCAGCAACAGGAAAGACUACCUGGAAAGUUCACUUGCAGAAAAGGAACACGUGUUGGAAGAAAACUCAGCAAAGUUGCUGAAGUUGGAUAAAUGCAAGGAAUCCUUGAAAGCCCGAGAAAUAAGCAGCCAAGAUUUGAGUGAAAAACUACUGAACACUGAAGAAAAAUUGGGAUGCAUAACGACAAGAUGCAGUGGUUUUGAAGUAGAAUGUGCUGAGCUGAAAAAUACUGUCCUGGACCUUUCAGAGAAAUUAUCUUCAACCAAAGAAAAAGUGCAGAAGCAGGAAGCCGAGACGGCAGUUCUGCGUCAUGAGCUGGAACAGACCAACGAUGAGCUGGAACGACUGAAUUCAAGCCACUUGGAGGACAGGGCGCGCCUCAUUGUUGACCUGCAGCGCUGUGAAAGAGAGAUUGACGCUCUGAACGAGGUUAUUGUGGAGAAGGAACAUGAAAAAACUGCUCUUUUUCAGAGUAUGAGCGAGUAUUCAGAAGAGGCAAAAUCAUUAAAGGAACACAACAGAUGUAAAGAGCAGGAAACUGGAGAACUGCAAGCGGCCUUGGUUAAGGUGGAAAAGGAAGGUGUUCUUCUGAAGGAGAAUCAGUCUGCUGAUGAGCAGACCAUGACUAACAACCUUUCUUCGUUAGUGGAGCAGCUUUCCACCCUGGAGUCCGAGUUACAAAAUACCAAGAGUGAAAUUGAGGCCAAGGAGAAAAAUAUUGUGGUUUUAAAGAAGCAAAUUGAAGAAAAUAAUGAUACCAUUCAUGACUUGCGUUCGGAGUUGGAGAAGCAGAACACGUUAAAUCAAGCUCAUCUUGCUGAAUGUGGACCUCAGAUAUUGUCACUUGAAAACAAGGUCGCCACAACUACUGAAAAGCUUAAGGAAAUAAAUGAUGCAAAUCAGAAAGAACUGGAAAACCUGAAGGCUCUGUUGGCUGAUAGCAGUUCAGCAAAAGAAAAACUCGACAGUUCACUCAAAGAGAAAGAGGAGAAAGAACAAAUUUUAGAGAAGGAAUUGAAAGCUUUGAAAAACCACUGUAAUAACCUUAUAGCUGAAAAUACUGGAAAAGACGAGGAGCUAGGGAAACUCUCCAAACAACUGGACAAAUACAAAGAAGAAGCAGUAGGGAGAUUGCAGGAGAGGUUGGGUAUUGUUGCCUCUUUAGAGCAGAGGUUGCAAGUGGUUGACGAAAGCAAUUCUCAAUUGACGCUCGAAGUACAGACUAAAGAAACUGAAAGAAAAGAGUUGAAGAGGCAGAUAGAAGAGAUGACCAAAUUGGUUCUUGACUUACAAAUCCAAACAAAAGCACUGACAGCAACAAAUGCACACUUGCAGACAACAGUGGACGAACAAGUUCGGAACAUUUCAGAGCAAGCUAACCUUGUUAAAGAGCUAAAAGAUGAUGCCACUAAUAGCUUGCAGUUCAAAGCCAGUUUGGAGUGUAGUAGGAAAGAUAUGUCUAUUGAAAAUGAAAAUCUCAAGUCGCUCCUAAAUGAUAAGGAAAAUGAACUAAUACAGAAAAACAAUGCUGUACAGCAGUUGGAGAGUAAAAUAGUCUCUGAGAUUGAGCGGAUUUCACAACACACAAGCACAAUCUCCCUGUUGCAAAAAGAAAAAGAAGCAUUAACUGUAAAAUUAGAUUUUGUGGAGGAAAUUAAAUUAGCAGUAGAACAGCAGUUGCAUGAAAAGAUAAAUGAAUGUAACCAGCUGAAGGAUGAAAUAUUGGAACAUCGACUAACUACUGAGCAACUCCAGGGACGAGUGCAGCUUGCAACAGUGCGGAUUGAAGAACUUCAGCUUUCAAACAACGAGAAGGAGAUUGCUUUGACCAACAAAAUAGAUGAAUGCACCUCACUUCAAAACCUAUUGCACAAAGGGCAAGAGGCAAUGAUGGGGUUACAAAAUCAGGUUCAAGCUCUCAAUGCUGAGCUUGGGAACAAGGACGUGACUUUAAAAGAGAAGUUAUCGGAAUUGGAUGGCUUGCAUGUGACAUUAAGUCAGCACCAGCUUACGACCAAAACCUUAGAAAGUCAAGUUCAAGAAUUGACAGAAGAAGGUGAAAACAUCAGGCAAAGGCUCAGUGAUAAAGAAUCCCUCUUGACUAUCAGGUCUGUUGAAGGUCAUGACUUACAAGGCCAACUUGACCAGAAAACUGAUAGAGUUGUGUUGUUGCAGAAACAAAUGGAUGCAUUGAAUAUUGAUAAAGAAAGUCUUCAGAAUGAGAAUAAAGAACUUCACACAUCUUUAAGUAGGUGGACUGCUGAGCACAGUCAACUGCAGGGGAGGGUCAAUGAGUAUGAACACGCAGCACAUCACGUGCGGGAUCAGGUACAGGCAUUGGACACUGAAAAUUGUAGGCUUAAAGCAGAACUUGAAGAGAUGAAGUCUGCAUUUCAAAGUAAAGUUGGUGAAUAUACAAGCCUUCAGGAUCGAUUGUCACUAAAAGAGGGGAUGAUAACCUCAUUAAACCAAGACGUAAAUGGUUUAAAUGCUGCCACUGCAAAGCUUACAUUGGAACUAGAAGAGAAACAGAUAUCAUUGAAUCAGCAAGCAAAUUUACUGCAACAGCUCCAAGCCAAAACUUUACAAUGUGAAGAGCAGUUGGGCCAAAAUAUGCAGGUGAUUUCAGGGUUGCAACAGCAGGAGCAAGUUCUGGUGUGUGAAGCAGGUCAGCUCAAGCAGAAUCUGCAAGAGAAAGAUAAAUCCCUGCAACAGCAGGGAGAUGAGCUUGGACAUCUCCAGAAGAAAGCUGCAGAACACCAUGCCCUGGAAAUGCAAAACAUGGAAACCAUUUCCAAACUUCAAAGUCAAAUCCAAGACUUGACCUUGAAAACUCACGAAUUGAAGCACACCAUCGAGGAGAGAGACAUGCUGCUGGCCUGUAAAGUGGAAGAUUGUGUCAAUCUCAAGACGGUUCAUUCUGAAAUGGACGACACCGUUUCACAACUUAGAGCGCAACUGGCAGCUGCCAGUUCCGAAGCUGAGAGGUUGAAGUGUGUUAUUAAGGAAAAGGAAUUGUCUCUCUCUCAAAUAAAGGAGCACGCAGCAGCUUGCAAAGAAGAAUUGACAUUAAAGAUGGAGACAACAGAAACUCAGAAUGAGGCAUUCCGUAAUAAGUUUAUUCACCUUGAGCAUUCAUUCUCACAACUAAAUAGUCAAAUAAAUCAACAGAUUUUUGAAAUGAAUCAGUUGAGAGAAACUAUUGCACAAAAGGAGGCUUCAAUUGUGGAGCAGAGUAAACUUGUCAAGCGAUUGGAAGACAAGGCAAGUGAGGGUGAUUUGUUAAAAUCACAAUUCAAUGAGAGCACAGAGCUGGCUUCUGAACUCCAGAGGCAAGUGCAGUGUUUACUUGCUGACUCAAGGCGACAUGAGCAAUUACUGCAGGAUAAAGAAGCUGCUUUUACCCACCUGCAGGAUAGGUAUGCUGCGCAAACUGAGCACUUCAAGGAACUGCAUCAAGAGCUUAGUAGGAAGGAUGGAGAAAUGGCUGAACUUCAGACGGCACUUUGUGAAAAGGAUAUCACCAUUGAAACCACUGAAUGCAAUACCAAUACUUUGAUGGCCGAGAUUGAGUCACUAAAAGAGGAACUGCAAAAGAGUUGUGCAUCAUUAAACGACUGUGGGAAUACCUUAAAGCUCAAAGAGGAAAUGUUUACUAUUAAUCAAAAGAACAGGGAGAGCCAGAUUGCAGCUCUAACUUCACAAAAUCUCCAAUAUGAGGAGGUGAUACAACAGCUUGAGGUGGUUAAUCAGAACUUGAAGGAAAGUGAUAUGAUUCUUCAGAAUAAGUAUUUAGACCAGGCACAGCACAUUGAGAGCCUCGUGUUGCAACUAAAGACUAUGAAUGAAAAGUCAACACAGGAGCAGCCAGAAAGAAUGAUGCAGAUUGAAAAUCUUCAUCAACAAUGUGAUCAGCUGAUGAAAGAAAACUCUGCACUUGGUCACCAUUUGAACACAGUGAAAGGCGAGAAGGAAGAAUUGAAUGCCACCCAUCAGAGGCAGUUACGACAGAAAUCAGAAGAACUGCAGGUGCUAGAAGAGAAGCUUGUAAGAAUGGGCGAAGUUAGAGAGAAGCAUGAUAUAAUGCAACCUCUCCAGGAUGAAAACAGAUGUCUUCAGAAACAGGUUAGUCUUAAAUCAGAGGAAAUAUUGAAACUGAAUUUAGAAGUUAAGAAAUUAGAACAAGAUCUGAUGGAAUCAGAAAAGAAGUGGUUGACAGAAUUGGAAAAAGAAACUGAGCAAAGCAGUCUGCUGACUGAAAAAAUAAACUUUUUAGGAAACAAAAUGGAGUCAAAAGAUGCCCAAAUUAACAGCUUACAAAACGCUUUAGAUAAUUUGCAAGGAAAGUUUUCUGAACAGCAUUCGCAAUUACAGUCCAGUUCAAAUCACCUGAAAGAACAAGAAUUGAUGGUGUCUAACCUGAGUCAGAAACUCGUUGAAAAGCAAUCCGGAGUGGAUGAAUUGUCAGCUUUGGUUCUAGGUCAUGAAAAUGCCAUGAGCGAAUUAAAACUUACUCUAUCCGAAAAAGAAAAGGAAAUUGAAAAUUUGCGAAAUAGUAUUGCUGCAAGUGAGAAUGAAAUUUUGGAACGUGCAAAAAGCAUGGCUGAUGGGUUAAAGUCUUAUGAAGAAGAGAAGCUCUCGCUCUGUAAUGAGCUCAGCCAAACUAAAUUAAUUCAUCAUUCUGAGCUGGAAGAGCUCCAGAGACAAAUAGCUGAUCUUCAGGAGAAACUGAAGCAAUCCCAAGGUGAGCUCGGGGAAAGAGAAAAUAUUUUAGAUGAAAGUUUGCAACAAAAUAGUUCAGUGCAAGAGCGAUUCGGUGCGUUGGAGGUGGAACUUAAAAAGAAAUCCCAGCAGCUGGAAGAUGCAGUGAAUGAAGGAGACAAGCAUUUUGAUGCUCUGCAGAAGAAAGAACAUGAGGCACAGGUUCUGGCUAUGCAAGUAAGCCAACAGCAAGAACUGGUGGCUUCUCUCAGUCAGCAGCUGAAGCAGAAGAGUGUUUCCACAAUGCAACUUUCAGAAUCCAUUUCGAAGGAAAUGGUCAAGGCAGCAGAUGUAGAAAAGCAUCUGACUGAUGAAAUGCAAGAGCUCAAGUUGCGAAACUGUGUGUCUGAUGAAAAGAUUUCCCGCUUUACAUGUGAACUCGAGGAGCUGAAGCAACAGCUGGAGAAGCAAGAUAGUCUUCUAAAUGCAAAGGAAGACCAGUACCAGAGCAUUGCCACUGAAAAUAAACAGUUGCAUUCACAGACCCAAGCAGUAACAAAGGAGAGGGAUCUCCUGAAGAAAAAAUGUCAAGCUGCACUACUCACCAGGAAGAAGCUGAUGAAGGAAGUCAAAGAGUUACAACAAAGUGCCGCUGCAGAUGCAGACGGAAGCAAGCAAAUUGAUGAAUUGCGAGAGAGCUACAGCAAGCUUGAAAGCCAAGUGACAAGUGGUCAGAAGGAGUUUAAAGAGCUUGAAAUGCACCUUGACGUCUUCAAACAACAAUUGUUAGAGAAGGAUGAUGAUAUGAAUCACCUUGGUGAGACUCUUUGCAUGAAAGAGACGGCCAUAGAACAACUACAGCAAAUUGUCAGUCAAUGUAAAGCGGAGAAAGAUGCUCUGUCUGUGGAAUUGUUUCAAGUUGUUCGAGAUAAAGAUUCCUCAAUUGCACAACUCCAAUCUGUUCUGGCAGAAAAGGAGAAGGCACUUGAAGAUGAACGAAGCCAAUUAAAUUCAAACCUCGAAAAACUCAAAACUGCACUAUCCAAAAUACCAGAUCACUCAAACACAGGAUCACCUGACAUGAGUGAAGCCUGUGAUGAUGAUAUUACUGAGGCCGUGGGUAAGCUAAAUGCGCUCAAACAAGAGAAGGAACAUCUACAAAAGAAGCUGCAGGCAGCAAUUUUGGCUCGAAAGGAAACUAUCAAUAAAGCUCAAGAAAAGGACCGGCAUCACAAAGAGCAGCUAGCGAAACAAAAGGAGGAGUAUAACCACGUUUCAGAAAAGUACUCCAUGCAAAGCAGAGAGGUAGAGGAUGUUAAAGAGGAGCUGGCGACACUCCGAGAUGCACAUCACUCAAAGCUAACGGAGUUUGAACGCAAAACAGAAUUAGUAGGGACUUUGGAAAAACAGCUACAUUCAGUCAAAGGACUGCUUGAUGAUAAAGAAAGGAUGGUGGAACAGCUUAAAGUUCAACUCGAAGAAAAGGAGAGCAAAAUGCUUGCAUUUGUAGGUCAGCAUGAAACUGUUCAUGGCAUGGAGGAGAAAUUAGUCAGUAUGGUUUCCACGUUAUCUGGAAAAGAGGCUGGUUUGAAAAGCCUUGAAGAUACCAACAAACAUCUGGAGCAGGAAAAAAAUGACUUGAUAUCAGAGUUGGGGUGCUUGCAAGUAAGGAUUGUUGAAAAAUCGGAAGAGUCGGAAAAGCUGAAGCAGUCCAUAAGUAGUCUGGAGCAACAACAGGAUGAAAGGGAGAGCCAAGCAGCAGAGAUUCACUGGCUUCAAAAUCAGUGGCAGUCAACCCAAGCGGAAGCCAAAACCCUCACAACUGCUCUGGAGGAAGCAAUGAAAGACAUCGAGAAUUAUUCCUGUACUUUGGCAAAUCAAGCUGGAGAUGUGGAUUGUCUGAAAGCCCAACUGUUAGACUUAAACAGAGAGAAAGAUGGUAUUCAGGCACAGCUAGCUGUAUCUCGGGUGGAGAACGCAGAGCUUAAAGCAAUGUUGAAGCAGGCUGAAGAGGCAGAAGAGGAGAGAAUGCGUGCAUCGCAGUUAUCGACGGUGCAGUCAGAGCUCGCAAAAGUUCAUGAGAACUUACAAGAGCGAGAGAGCACCAUAAAGUUACUGGAAUGUACAUUGUCCGAGAAGGAAAAACGUGUCGAGGAGCUGGAACUGCAAAUGCAGAAACAAUCUAUCUUUUACGAAGCACAAAGUGAAAAAUUGAAGGCUUGCACCAGUGAAGUUCAGCAGAAGUCAGCAGAUAGUUCUGAGGAAGGCAGGAUUAAAGAACUGAUGCAGAGAAAACUACAAGCAGCGCUAAUAUCUCGGAAAGAGGUUCUGAAAGAAAACAAAUCUCUGAAGCAUGAAAUUAAUGUCUUGACAUCUGAAAAGGAAGAGCUUCUUUCCAAGAUUCCUACCCUGGAAAGAAGCUUGGCUGAAGUGAGAAAACAACUUGAGCCCUUGCAAGAAGCAGCUUUAGCACACCAGGAGGAGAGGCAGAGACUGCUCUCCGAGGCUGAUCGUAUAUCCACAGAGAAACAGAACCUAAACGGUGCCUGUGAAAGUCUGAAGCAUACACUGGACAUCCUGACUCAUGAGAAGCAACAGUUGGAUUCACUGAAAAACUCCCAGAUGGCAGAGUUGUCAGAGUGGAAGACCAAACACGACGAAUUAAAGCACGAAUAUGAAUCUCUUUUGCAAUCCUACGAAAAUAUCGGCAAUGAGAUGGAUAAGAUGAGGCAAAUAGUUGAGAUGGCAAGAAAAGAGAAACAGGAGGUGAUGUUCAAGCUCCGCGAUGGAGAAGCCAAACGACAAAGCAUGGAGAGGCAGCUUGAGGAAGUUAGUGCCGAAAAUGAAAAAAUAAAGGACAAAAUGAGAAAGUUUACAAAAUCCAAGCAGCAGCGAGUUCAGGAGCUUGAGGAAGAGAUUGAAAGAAUGAGCAGCGAGUUACAAACUAUUACCGCAAAGCAGAGUCACGCAAGCGAAUUGUCUGCCCAAUACAAUCAGCUCCAGGAGGAAAGCAAGUCACUGAAGCAAUCUUAUCACGAUCUUAAAGCAGAGUUUGACAAAACCCAAAAAGAGGAGGAGCUUCUGCUGAAUGAAUUUAAUUCAUCCAUAUCCAUCAUAGAGGAGUUGCAGAGUGAGGAUGAUUCGUAUCAGGCUGAUUUUAAUGAACCACUGUCAUUCGAAUCCCAAUCCCUGGAGGACAAGCCUGUGCUGAAGGAAGGAAAGGUUCGUACUACAGGGCAAGUAGGACCAUUGUUGGCUCAGAAGCUUAGACAAUUAGAGUUGCGCCGCACUGCCGAGACACAUGAAAAAAACAAUAUAAUUUCACAGCUUGAACAAGAAAUAAAAGCUUGCCGGCGGGAGACUAUGAACUUAAAUGAAAAAGUCAAAAUUUUAGAGGAUGACAAAUCUCUUCUCCAGGAAGAACUUGAACAUUUCCAGGAAAUGUCAGAAAAGGUCAAAAAUGAGAGAGAGUAUUUGGAGGCAGAAUUACUUAAAAAUGUCGACAAGAUAGAUCAGUUAACUGAAGCAUGGAAGGCACUGCAGAUGCAAAAUAAUUCGCUUGUCAAUGAAUUGGACUGCUUCAGAGAAGAGAAACGUCAUCUGAUCAAAGAAAAAGAGGUUCAGGAAGUAAAACUGGUGAAAGAAUUUGAAGGGCGGCUUCGGUCUGCUCGGAGGGGUAAUACCUCGUCCAAAGGUGAGACCAAGGAGCUUCGAGAACUGUUAAAAGAGAAGCAGCAGGAAAUAAUCAUUUUGCAGAAGGAUUGCAUCAAGUACCAGGGGCUCAUUUUGGACUUGGAACGAUGUGUCAAAACAUCGGAAUCUACCUGUGAUGAAAUGAGCAAGAGUCUAGAGUCGAUGACUGCAAAAGCUUCCGAGUCUGAAAGGCAAGUCAAACUUGUUCAAGAAGAACUUGCAUCUUAUAAAGUCUUGCUCCAAGACACCAGAACCGAAACUGAAGGUGCUCGAAUGCAGUGCUUGGGGUUAACAGAAGAUCUGCGGAAGAACGAAGAGAAGACAAAAGCUCAAAUUACUCAGAAGGAGAAGGAACUACUUGAGAUUUUAGACCAACAGAAAACAAUUCAUCAGAAGGAAAUAUUGAGAUAUGAGGAUAAACUGGAUUUGCUGGAACGGGAUAAAGACGGAGUGGUUGCUGAAACCUUGGAAAUGCAAGCUGAAAUAAAUGGCCGAGAUUUUAUGAUAAAAAAACUGCGUGACGAGUUGAACAACAAUUUGGCUAAGCUGGCAGCAUUCACAAACUCCAUGUCCUCUCUUCAGGACGACAGAGACAGGAUUAUUGAAGAGACCAAAAAAUGGGAAGCUAGAUUCCAAAGUAAGGAAAACGAACUGCAAGUAAAAGAAGAAAUGUUGCAAAGGUUUCAAGAGGAGGUAAAGGUCAAGUCAGUCAACCUUCAAGAACUCCAAUUCAGAACUUCGACGAUGAAGCAGGCAUUUAUACAACUGGGUAGUAAGGAUGCUGAAGCUAAGCAUCUAAGUGAAACGGUGAACAUGACAGAAGUUAUUUGCAAACAGUCAGAAAAAAUUGAAGAGAUGGAGGGGUUAUUAAAAGACAAGGAGGCAGCCUUAUCUAGUUUAUCACAGGAAAAUAGUUAUUUAAGCACACAGCAAUCCGACGUAAGCCAAUCUGUGAAUGAGUUGAAAAUGGCAGAGCAAACCCUGAUAAAAAAUCUUGCGGAAAAACAGUGGGAGGGUCACCAACAUCAGACUGAAUUGCAGGCUGAUCUUCAGAAGCUGGGAGCCAUUUCCCAGCAGCUGAAGCUAAUGUUGAGCAGUAAAGAUGCAGAGUUCUCAAAGCUUGUCUCAUCAAAAGCCAGUGAAAUUUAUGACUAUCUAGUGCAAAUCCAGCAGCGACAUAGAAAGCAAAUAGAUGACUACGAAAAUAAUUUGAGGAUUCUCCAACAAGAUAACCAGAGGGGAGCCAGAGCCAUGAAAGAGCUGGAGGUCCAACUUGUUACGGUUAGGGAAGAAAAAGACAAAGCUGUUAGCCAGACGGGUGCCUUCACAAAAUCGAUGGCCUCCUUGCAAGAUGACCGAGACCGCAUCUUAUCAGAAUACACGGAGCUGGAACAACGGCAUCUCGACAUGCAUUGCCAGAAAGAUAGCAUCAUUCAGGAGAGUGCAGCUGAAAACAAUGAACUGAAGCAAGAGAUCAGAAAUUUUCUCAACCAGAUGGAUGACCUUAAUUCUGAAAACGCGCUGCUGAAAGCACAGUUGGUUCAGUACAGGGAGGAGCUAAACCAGGUCCUGUCUUUGAAGGCUAAUCAGUCAAAGGAGUUGUUGCAAAAGCAACAACAGCAAAUUAAGAAUCUUGAGAAUGAGAAAUCCAUCUUCAAAGAGCAAUGGGAAGUUGCACAAGGAUCCCUCAAACAAAGUAAUGAAAGCCUAAAGUCCUUACGAGAAGAAAAUGAGCGAAUUUUGGAACAGCUUACAGAGCUCAAGGCUAUUGGUUUCCAAAAAGAAGAGCAUAAAUAUGAAACAAAUGAGAGGCAAUUAAUUCGAGAGCUUCACCAACAACUUAAAACUAAAACUCGGGAAUGCGAAGAACUCAAAAAGGAAACCACUAUUAGAAAAGCUGACUUAAAAGAACUUGAAAAUAUGUUAACUGAAUUUGAAAAUCUGGCUCAAGUAAAGGCGGGAGUUAAAAUGUCUGAAAGUGCUGAUGGAAUAGCGCAGGAGAAACCUGAAGAAUAUUUGGUGGGAUUGUCAGUGAUAAAGCAAAGACUUACGGAUGUUAUUAACAAGAACAAGGAAGUAACUUCUCGGGCAGAAUCUUUUGAGAAAACGUUGCUGGCAGUACAGACGGAGAGAGACAGAUAUCUGGAGGAUAUUCGGAAACUUCAAGAAAAGGGGGCUGGCCAUCAAGACCAGAAAUUAAGGAGCAGUAAUGAUUCCUCUGAGUUAACAUGGUUCAAAAAUAAGCAUGAAGAACUGGAAAGACUUCUUCAGCAAGCAAAACAGCAGGAGCGCACAGAGCAAGAUCUGUCCGCCUGCAGGAAUGAAUUGACGGAGCUAAGGUCGGAUAGGAAUUUGCUGCUUUCAGAGUACAGAGCCAUGAAAGAGCAAUAUCUUGCAACAGUGGCAGACAGAGACAGACAGAUUGAAGAGCUGAGGAAAAUGAACCAUGAAGCAUGGCGUAGUGAACUGGGAAAUGCUAGUGGUGUGCAGCAGAUGAAGCCGUUAGAAACUGUAUCUUUACUGGGCAUCGGGAAUGUUGCUGAACAAGUCAAGUCCCUGGUAGCAGAAAAGAAACAACUGCAGAGGGAAGCUCAGGGUUACCUACAAGAGAUUCACCUGAAAGAGUUGCAAUUUCAACAGCUGAAUAGCAAGGCAACGCUGUGCAUUGAAGAUAGAUCUACAUUAACAAUUCGGCUGAAAACGGUGUCUCAGGAUCUGCGUGAUACACAGUUGCGUUAUGAGGACCUACAGCAUUGCUACAACAGUCUGGAAAGACAACACCAAACACUGCGCUCAUCCUUUCAGCACAAGGAACAAGAUGAGACCAGUGAAAAUGUUCCACCAGGAGCUCCACAGGAACGAGCCAACGUCACCGUGGAAAUUGACAAAUUAAAACUGAAUGAAUUACGGAGAAGGCUUGCGGAAUCGGAGCAAUGUAACGAGUCUACCCAUCAGGAGUUGACCCAGUUGGCAGACAUGCUCUCAGAUGAAGAACUAAGGAGAGGUUCUGCAGAGGAAGCAUUGCUUGCAGUUGAAGAGCGGAUCAAAGCUUUCUACACUCUUGCUUCCUCCAAUUCAAGAAAUGGUCUUUCCUGUUCUGCUCCAUCAAACCCCUUGAUGAGGCUUGAACCUCUUCCUGUCAGACUACCGCCCAGGGAGUACACCAUUCAACUGGAAUCAGACGAGGAAUGCGAGGCUUUGUUGAUAGACCCCAGUGAACAGGUGGUGGAACGGAAGGUGAAGAGUGGAGUGCUUUUCUUCAAGCGCUGGCUGCGAGGCCGCAGUUUGUACUGCUCGAAGCUGAUGACUUCCCGGACCAGGUCACGCUACUUGGUCUUGGCGUACUUUGUGACACUACAUGUACUUGUUUUCAUGUGCCUGGCGGGACAUUUGUAGACGCACUACAACGGCUCGGGGUAAAGGGGCGAAGGAGUGAUUUUAAUGCUGACAUGCCAAUGGGGAAAUCCACAUGAAAUGCCCGACACUGGUUCUCCACAUGGCUUGAUUUGGUCAUCGGUCUGUGAAUAGUAUUUCCAACAAAUCCUCUGACCUUCCUGUCAAAGGUAGGAUACAGAUGGGAGUGACACCAAUGUGUUUAUCAAAGCUGCUAAUGAGUCAAACACUGCUCACAGGUGUAUAAAUUAAUCUUGUAUUAAGGUAAUGUAUGAAAUGUGUUGUCCAAAUCGUUUAUGGUUGUUCAGUGGCAUUGUAAACUGGGCUCAAAGUUGUGCUUUAUGUUCUCAUCUGCUAUCAAAAUCCAAAGAUACUCUGCUUGAAACGGUUAUAAAAAAGCUCUAUAAAUUCAAAAUUAGGUAUAUUUUUGAGGUGUUAUGCAAUGUUAUUUAACUCUGCUCCAUAGGAGUUAGGAUGUCAGGCAAGGGUUGAGAGAUUAUAUUUCUGCUUGGAAAUGCAUUUGUACAUUUAAAGCGGUACUGCAGAUUUAAGGAAAGCACUGAGUACAUUAGAAUAUAAUUUAUCUAUUACUCUCAUCUUGGUUAUGUUGUCAUCAGGGUGCACUUUAGAACUGCACUUUUUGGAAAUUAUUUUGUUUGACAAAGUUUUUAUUAAAAGUUAAAAUGGAUCACA